GCAGACAACAAACCACCACACGCCAAGUUUACGAAAGAAAAAUUAAAAAUGACUUUAUUGGUGAUUAGAGUUUUGUCGCUAACGCUUGGCUUAUUCUUUGUUUUCGUUGGUACCAUAAAACUGACACCUUCAGUUAAUGGGGAGAUUUACAAAGAAAUGAGAAAGACAUACAUUCGCAAUUCCAAAGUGUUUCCUCUUGUCAAGCAGACCGGUUGGAAGCCCAAUCCUCAUACCUACAGAAAAGCCAUCGGCACAGCAGAGGUAGUUUGUGGGGUCUUGUUGGCUUUUGUGCCAGGUUCUUUAAAGGAAGCUGCAAACAUUGUCCUUCUCACCAUCAUGGUGAAUGACAUUUAUGCUCACUUUGCUCUGGACGAGGGAAUCGACAAAAUGAGUCCUGCGAUUGUUUUCGCUCUGCUUCUCACCUGUCGACUCAUCAUUUUUCUACAAUCCUUGACAGCUGAACCCAAGUCCGUGUUCGCCGGAACGAAAGAACGCAACGAACCUAUUAUUCAUCCCGCUGAAGAGAAGAAGGAACAAUGAUGAAGUGCAAUUGUAGACGAAUGUUUGAAGUAUAUCCGUGUCUAGUGUAUGUGUGUAUGUUGAGUAAAUGUUUUUAUUUAAGGUAAAUUACAAACCAAAGAAGGCAUUCAUAGUAGGAAAUAAUUUGUUUUUGAAAUUUUUGUAAUUAGUAACAGAUGCUGUUUUGUAGCUGCCAAUGUUGCAUAAUUGUUUAAAUUUUAAGUUUAGUAGAAUAAAUACAUACAGGGUAUGAACAUAUGAUUUCUUUUGGAGCUCAAUUUUUAUUGCAGACCUAUUUGUUCUUUUCGUAACUAAAAUAUUAUUAGCUUGAAAAUAUUGGCUUAUUCCUGUUGAACUUACAAUGGUACACAAAAUUAUGGUCCUUGAUGCUAUGCUUUUUAUGUUAGUGGUUUAUAGCAACCAAUGUAACUACUGAAUUGUGACAUGAAUCUGUUUUAUUCCCUGAAUAGUAUUAGAAAUUAUGUUUUAAAGUCUGUAAACUUAAAAAUAAUAAUUAAAAAUAACUUUUAUCAGUAGUCUAGGUGGCAAACAUUUUCCGAUUCAGGACAUAAAUCUUAAGGCUUAUGAUCAGCAAAUAUUAAGCUGAUAAGAACAGAUACUACACUUUGAUCUUAGCCAAAAGGCCGAGAAGCAAAUAUAUUCUUGGUGAAUAAAUAUGUUUGAGAAAACCUCAAACCAUUAUUCAUCAUAUACAAAUAGGAUUUGGAUGUUAAACAACCUGCCAUUACAUAUUUAGUUUAUAUAUCCUGAGUAAAAUAAUUUUCAUUUGUCACAAGUUUUAGUGGAUGACAGAUGAAAAUUGUUUCACAAGUGACCUACUGUAAGCAUGAUACGAAAUGGCAGUGAGUUUAAUGUCCCAUUUAUUACUCAAUAAUCUUGUUUUAAACAGUGAAAUUAUAAUGAAGCCUCAUGGAACUUGAUCAUUUAAAUGUUUAAAAUCUAACAAUAAUAAUGUAUGACAUCAUGAAUAGUUGGGAUGAGACAUGUCACAUCAUGAAGGAGCAAUUCAGUUUCUGUAUGGAAAAUAAAAUAGAUAUGUAAUUAUGAACCCAGUUUCUUUGUUGAUCUCAUUUGCAUUUCAAAGUGUUAUAUUUUUGUUUUGUCUCAGAACCAGAAUGACUGGGCAUGGUCACAUUGUUGUGUCUGGGCAUUUUUUGUCAUUUACUUCUGUUGGAGUAUUAAACUAUUUGUUGAUGUUGUUAACUUAUUAAUAUGUACAUAUAUAAAAACUGUCAUCACUGGUUAGUGUAUUCACAUCCAUUCAAGAAUGUUUUAAUAUAUAGAGGCUUUUUUUUUUUAGUCAGUCUAAAUAUUUCCUAGUUACUUUACUAUCUGCAUGAGCAAAAUUGGUAACCAAUGUUUUUCCUAAGAACUGAUGUUAAAUAGGACAGUGCAACUUGUUUAUAUGAAACUAUAGAGCUGGAUGUACAGAAAGUGUGUAUUCUGUAGUCACUAUAACUUUCUUAUACACCUGUGCAGAUACGUAGCAACAUGCACAUGUUAUAUUUUGUCUGUGUUUUUAUUACCCACCUAGUGAAUGUCUGGGUGCGUUGUACAAAUUUUGUACACACCACCAGGUGUGUAUUAGUUACUAAAAAAUGACGUCAAAUGUUUGGUAAGCGACGUUAUCUUCCCAUGUCUUAGCUCUGUGCAGUUGCUUAUGUCUUGUUAUGUUGUGUUGGAAAUAAUUGUCAGAUUUUACAUUUUAUUUGAAAAAGGUUAAAAUAAAAUACCACACUCGUUUUCGUUAGAUAUAAUUUUUACAGAAGUUCAUUGGUUUCGUAAAAAUGAUAUCCAGUGAAAAAACUAUUGUCAUAUUCUAUAUAACACAUCCACACAUGUAAAAAAAAAAAAAAACCCUUGAAAUUAUAACUUACAUUCACUUAAACCACAUAGCCCAAUGAUGUCGCAAACAGUCUAUGUUUGAUAUGUGCAGAUAUGUCUGAUACAGAUCAUCGGUGACAGUGUUCCCAUAUAAAAAUUUAUUUGGUAAACGUUGAUCUAUGUCAGUCUGCAUCGUGUUUCAGAUUUUAUGGCAACCAGUAUUAACAGUUCCAGUAUAUAAACAUGAGAAAGGAAUGCUAUCCAUGGAUGUAAAAACAAAUAAAGAGACAAAUGUCUGUCAUUGUCCUUACAUGUACAUAUUUCAAUUAAAUGUUUUUUACACUUGUAGUUUGGCUGUGCCAAAUACAUGCUGUUAAAUCCUGGCAUUUUCUUUCAAAUGUUUAAUGCCUUGUAUCACCAUAAUAUAUAUAAAACCAGAGGAAUUGUUAAAUAUUAUACAACUUAUUCACAUGUUUUGAGAAGAAGCAGAACGUUUUUUUGUAAAAUUUUAAAGAACUAUUUCAACUUAGCUAAAAGUUAUCUGAAAAGUGUAAAUGCAUUCCAGAUUAUUGAUUCAUAUUUUGUCUUACAAUAUAAUUGUAUUACUAUUAAUCAUUCUUGUUUAUUUUUAAAAUGUAUUCAUAUAUCACUUAUUAUUAUGGCUAUUGAUGUAUUUAUGUAACAGUACAGCAUUACCACAUUGAAAUUAUUCAAAUGUCAUUUUACAUGUUUUACAAGGAAAGGCUGAAUUUAAUUUUGCUUUAAUGAGCUUUACACAGAUUUGAUGUAGUGAUUAUUUACAAAUGUGUGAAACGUAAUACCUAUAUAAGAAAUGUAAUUUCUUUACACCAUCUUGGAGAAAGAAAGAAUUUUUUAAAAACUUUUACUACUAUAUAGUCUAUUACAUUGAGUACUAAUGGAAAGAAAUAAGGGGUCACAAAAUAGUAGCAACGAAGAGUGAUUGCAACUAAAACCCUCAUCCAUAGGGUCAGGAAGUUAACUGACUUUCAUUCCCACACUAGUAUCAUUCAGUUCCACAUUAGUAGUAAAUUAAAUUUAAUCUAUAGCCUAAUACCAAAUGUUCCCUUAUUUCUUUCUAUCGGUAUAUUUAUUUGCAUAAAUUAUUUGUAAAAUAUUAUUUCUCAUCUACAUUGUUUCUAGAAUAGCCUUAAAAUGUUACAACUUAAUUAUGCUGGGAUUAUUUGUUUCAGUUUUAAAAGUUUGCCGCUCAGUUUAAUGUUUUCAUUUUAAAAAAAGAUCAAGUUAAACUGCUCAAAAUGUUCAUGUGAUAAACAAAAGUAAUCAAAUAUGUACAUAAUAAUAAUAAUAAUAAUGAUAAUUAGGUAAUAUGAAUACUUGCUUCUUUAGACUGAUUGUAGAACGUUUGCUUUUCAAUAGCUGAUAUAUUUGAUGAUUUACCAAACUAGUUUUGUUGGAUUGCACAAUAAAAACAUUUAACAGGUAAUUUUGUGAGGGUACAUCGUAGGUAAUUAAAUCUGCAUGUUUUGUAUAUCUGUAUAUCAGUAGCAGUUUUGUGAUGUAUAUUUUGUGUUUCAAAAAUUACUAUGAAGCUUUAUGGCUCUUAAUUUCUUGUGCGUUUUUGACAGAUAAAUUAACUUAAUUAUUAUUCAACAUUCAUCAUUAUGCUCAUACUACCAUUGUUGUUUAUAAGAACUGAAUGUAUUUUGUGCAGUUCAAUGUUAAGAGUCUACCUUCAUAGUAUUGUGCAAUAUAAAAGAUAAGACAUUUUGUAAACUGGUUUAAAGGUACAUGUAUUAUCCCAUAAAAGUAUGAGUUGGGCUGUGUUCUGUACAUAUACAGGUUUUACUGUGAACCACCAUUAAUGAUCUCACUGGUUCUCGCUCUAUCAUGUUCAUGUAACAUUAAGUGCAAAAACCAGUCUAGUCAGUGUUUUCAUAAUACCAUGGAGCACUUGCAUUAACUAAUACAGAACAUGUCUAGUGGUGUUUCUUUUAAAAAAUGAAUGUUUAACACAUCAGUACUUUCAAUUAACUAGGCUGUUUGGUGUCUCACAUAUUUUGCUGCAACAUUUGGUCUGAAUAAAGAGUGGAGAAAGACACUGCCACCACAUAGUCCAUUUCUACCAAAUAAAUGAUGUGAACCCUUUAUGUAUAUUUUACCCCAGACAAGACAGAACAUAUCCAAAAUGGUUGUGUAAUGGGGGUGGGGGGGGGGGGGGGGGGGGUUGAGGUGUAGGGUGGUGGUGGUGGUGGGUAAUUCUUUACAUCUUAACGUAGCCUUUAAGCAAUGGCAUUACUCUCUAUUCCAAUAGACAGGUAUGAACAACUAAUGAAAUGGCUGAAAUCUUUCAUCGAGUCCUAUGCCUGCUGUUCAGGGGCCUAAUUCACUAAACUCUUGCAACUUUGCGAUCUCGCAGUGCAAUCCUAAAAGACUUGCAGAGAGGAUGCUAUGUUGUCUAGCAGAGCCUAAGAGACCUUUGUGAAUUAGGUCCCUGAUCAACACAGUAUCAGUUUAAGUACGACAACUUUGUUAGUAUUUGUGUGAAAAUGGAAUAAGAAAUUGUAUUAAAAUAUUCUACCUGAAAAGAAAGUGAUGGGAUGAAAUCUGACCUCCGAAGAGAACUGAACAAGAUUGGCCAAACUGAACACUUAUUGUUAUAUUAUAAUCAUGUUUACAGAAUUAAUGUAUUUAAAACUAGUGAGUCAUGUUGUGCAUCCUUGUAUUAAUAUGUACAUGUUAUUCAUCCUGGCAUUUCAUUCAUCAACCCAUUAAAUUAGAAGUGAUACCAGUGUCAGUAGGUUAUAUUUGUACAGGUGUUACAAAAAGACAAAAUGAACAAGUAGGGUUUCUGGUGUCUGGGUAAAACCAUUUUAGUAAGCCACCUUGAAAAAGCGAUUUAAUAAGCCAUCCCCCAAAAACAAACACACAAAAAACAAACAAAAAACUAAACAAAAAACCCAGAAAGAUGAAAAGAAAGAAAAAGAACCCUAGCAAAUUUUAGUAAAUAUUAAAAAAAAAAAAAUUGAAUUAAAUUAAAUUUAAAUAAAUAAAUAAUGUGGGCAGAAUGCUGACCGACCAAAAUAACCCCUAAACCCAGUGCCAGAUGUUUCCCAUUAUUGUACCACUGCUUAGACUUGUAAACUGUUCCCUCCAAACCAAGCAAACAAGCUGUGUUGUUUUCUCCACACAUAACAUCGAUUUUGAUUUUGACGAGAAUUUCAUUUAAUAGGUAUGUUAGUAUAACUUUCUUAGAUGUUUUAUGUUGUAACUGAAUAUGUUUUGCUUCUAAAGUAGACCACAAAAACAUUUACUUUGUGAACAAGAAUAUUCAGAGUGCUCAGUUGAGUUUUCAUGUUUACACUGUCACAUCAUUUGACUUUUCAAUUGCAAGAUGAUUUACAAUUCUUAGUGUAUAAUAUUAAUUUGAGGAUUUGAAAAAAUAUUUACUGUAGUUAACUGUACUGCUCAAAAUUGUAUUUCUCUUUACUCAAAACCAAAGUACAAAAAAGUAUGCCACUAUCAUCAAACAUGUAUUGUAUUGAUCCAUUACCUGUUAUGCAGCAUGUUACAUUAAUGGAUCAAAGCAAUCAUGAAAUAUACUUUAGAUACCCCAUCUGGUGACACCAUUAAUUAUCUCUGUCACAUCAUUGCCAGUACAACAUAUAGUUAUAAUUACGCUAUUAAUUUGAGUACACAGUUUAUUUAAAAGUGUGCUUUUUACACCUCUUGGAAUAUUGAUUUGAUGACAUCUGAUUGGCUGUUCCAGUGUGAUGACCCAUUUGCCACAGCUAAUGAAAUAAGCACGGCCAAAAUUGAUUUCUCUGUGAUGUAAAGUUAAAUUGAAAUUGAUUGCUCGGAUGUAUAAGUUAACUAGAAACAAGGUCUGUAAAUAAAUUUUACUUGGAAAGGACAUUUAAAUUUCUUUUUAUCCUGGGUUUUGAGGUUAUCACAUUGUAAAAAAUUGAAUACAACACUUGUGUCUUGUUAAAUACCAUUUAUCUUUUGAAAUUUUGCGAGUAAAAUACAUUUUUAAACAACUUGUAUAAGAUAAAUGAUAUCUAAUGACCACUUACGCAAUAUUCUCUGGUUAUUACAUGUUUUGUAAGAAGAAAACGCCCCCCCACUAAAAUAAUGGACUGAAAUCCAAAAUUGAUGAGAAUUGAACUUUCCCACAAGAAUGUUAUUUGUUAUACUCUACAAAAAUGAAUGUUGUGAACUGGUGACACUGUUACAUGUUGUCCUAAUUUCAUCUACAUGUAAUAAACUUAUUUGUGUUUUCAUUAUCUUGUCUACUCAUUUCAAUUUCAUUUUUAUGCUUGUAGUCAAUAAACAUUUCUAGUAAAA